AUGCCUCCCCGUCUCUCCCCUCUCCGGAUCGCAAUCCGCAUCCCGCGCACCACAACAGCACCCUCCAGAUCCGCAGCGGCGGCUAGAGCAUUUUACUCAAACUCGACGGCCGCAGACUCCAACCAGCCACUCAUCACCGUCACACAGCUCCCGGCGCCCGGGUCCGGCCACAUCCGCAUCCUCGAGCUCAAUCGGCCCAAGGCGCGUAACGCCCUCUCCAAAGCCCUCCUCUCCCAGCUGCGCGCCGAGGUCGACGCCGUCCACGCCCAGUAUGACCCGGAAACCGGCGCCGAGGUGCCGCCGCAGGCCAUCUUUGGCGGCGCCGCCGGAAAGGACGUCAAGGGCCCCACGCGCGCCCUCAUCCUCGCCAGCGCCGUCGAGACGAGCUUCUGCGCUGGCGCGGAUUUGAAGGAGAGGCGGGGCUUCACACAGGAAGAGACCGACGAGUUCCUCCACAACCUCCGCUCGACCUUCACCUCCCUCCAGAACCUCCCGAUCCCAACAAUCUCAGCAAUCUCCUCCAUCGCCCUCGGCGGCGGCCUCGAGCUCGCCCUCUCAACACACUUCCGCGUCCUCUCCUCCAACGCCCUCAUCGGCCUCCCCGAGACGCGCCUAGGCAUCAUCCCCGGCGCCGGCGGCACCCACCGCCUGCCCGCGCUCAUCGGCCUCUCCCGCGCGCGCGACCUGAUCCUCACGGGCCGCCGCGUCUCCGCGCCCGAGGCCUACUUUUUGGGCAUCGCGGACCGGCUGGUGGACAUCACGCACGAGGAGGCGGAGAAGGCGGGCGAGGGCGACAAGGAUAAAGGCGUAUUGCUGGCGGCGCGCAAGGCGGUGCUGAGCGAGAGCGUGAGGCUGGCAGGGGAGAUUUGCGAGGGCGGGCCGAUUGCGAUCCGCGCUGGGCUCCAGGCUGUUGCGUGGGCGAGGGAGGAGGUUGAGAAUAAGAUGUAUGAGCGGGUUGUUGCUACUGAUGACCGGAAUGAGGCGCUCAAGGCGUUCCAGGAGAAGAGGAAGCCUGUUUUCAAGGGCCAGUAA